GCGAACAUUUCAAUCAAUUAUAUCCAAAAUGUCUGGUCGUGGUAAAGGUAAAGCAAAGGGCACCAAGUCCAAAACUCGAUCAUCCCGUGCAGGGCUUCAGUUCCCCGUCGGUCGUAUUCAUCGUCUUCUCCGCAAGGGCAACUAUGCUCAACGUGUUGGUGCUGGUGCUCCAGUCUACAUGGCUGCAGUUCUCGAGUAUCUGAGUGCUGAGAUUCUCGAGUUGGCCGGUAACGCUGCCCGCGACAACAAGAAAUCCAGAAUCAUCCCCCGUCACUUGCAGUUGGCAGUCAGAAACGACGAGGAGUUGAACAAGCUUCUUGGUGGAGUCACCAUUGCUCAAGGUGGUGUUCUUCCCAACAUCCAAGCUGUUCUUCUUCCCAAGAAGACCGAAAAGAAAAGCUCUUAAACAGUCCUAAACGGUUUACAACACAAAACAACGGCUCUUUUAGGAGCCACCACAUGAUGAAAAAGAUCAUGAUCUAUAACAAUGCUACCCCCUUUUUCAACAAUACUUUUAAAAUAUGUGUCUGUUAGUUUGCCCGCCAAAUUCACAUGCGCAAUUUCACCAGUCAUUUUAAUAAACAAAAAGUGGUCAGCAAAAUAAAAUAUAGGAAAAGUCUAUACUAAA